CCAGGUGGGGGAGCAGAUGAGGGAGGAGCCUCAGAGCUGGAGCAAAGUGAGGAGCUGUCUCCAUAGGGAGAAGGCCUGAUGUGGACUGUCCGAACUGAAGGAGGGCACCUUCCUCUCUACAGCCCCACCUUCUCCUGGAGGAAUGUAGCCUUCCUGCUGCUUCUCUCCCUUGCUUUGGAGUGGACAUCUGCAUUGCUGCACAAGAAGAACAAACAGAAACCAGGGUUGUGUCCCAAAGAGAGGCUCGCCUGUACCGCUGAACUUCCGAAUUCAUGUAACACAGAUUUUGACUGCCAGGAAUACCUAAAGUGCUGCCUUUUUGCCUGUCAGAAGAAGUGCAUGGAUCCCUUUCAAGAACCCUGCACGCUACCUGUGAGACAAGGAAACUGUAAUCAUGAUGCACAGCGCUGGUAUUUUGACUUUAAAAAUUAUCGCUGCACACCCUUCACAUACAGGGGCUGCAAAGGGAAUGCCAACAACUUCUUGAGUGAGAAUGACUGCAGAACGGCCUGCAUGUUAGUUGUUAAGGAUGGACAAUGCCCACUCUUCCCUGUCACUGGACGUAAGGAGUGUCCACCUUCAUGUCACAGUGACAUCGAUUGUCCCCAGACAGACAAAUGUUGUGAAUCCAGGUGUGGCUUUGUUUGUGCCAGGGCCUGGACAGUCAAACAAGGUUUCUGCCCACGCAAGCCCUUGCUAUGUGCCCAGAUCGAUAAACCCAGGUGCCUGCAGGAUGAUGAGUGCCCAUUGGUGGAAAAGUGCUGCUCACUUUGUGGACUGAAAUGUACGGAUCCCAAGCAUUGAAUAGUGGAGUUUUGCUCUUGUUGCCCAGGGUCUCGGCUCACUGCAAUCUCUCCUUCCCGGGUUCAAGUGAUUCUCCUGCCUCAGCCUCCCAAGUAGCUGGGAUUACAAGCGCCUACCACCAUGCCUGGCUAAUUUUUUGUAUUUUUAGUAGAGAUGGGGUUUCACCAUGUUGGCCAGGCUGGUCGCUAACUCCUGACCUCGGGUGAUCCACCCGCCUCGGCCUCCCAAAGUACUGGGAUCACAGGUGGGAGCCACCGUGCCUGGCCAGUUAUUUUCUUUUUAAGCUUAUUUCCUGUCCAUUUAUAGCUACUACUGAAAAUGACUGCUGAAUUUUAUCAAAUACCUUUUAAGCAUACAGUCACAUAAUUAUUUUUCUCUUCUAAUUUGUUGGCAUAAUAAAUUAUUAAAUUUUCUUGAGUCAUCCUUGCAUUCUUAAUAAACUUAAUUGCAGUGUGUUGUA